GGCGGAAAAGGGGCAAGGAAAAAAAAAAAAGAAAAUUACCAAAAUUACAGACGCCCGUAAUUCGUGGUAGUGGUGCACAGGCGACGUAUGGAGAUUACGCACAGGGGCUGUAUUGAUAGCGUAUGAAGACUCUUUUAUGGCCAAUAAAAAAGUGCGAUACUAGGCAAAGUUACAGUAUACCCGCAAACGAUGCACUUGCCGAUACGGUGGGUGACGGUACGGUAACUCCACGUGAUUCAACCCCCUAAAGCUGCCCUUGGCCGCAGUUUGUUAAUUUACCUCUUUUACUCCUGCCUCAACGCCCAAGAAAGACACUCGCUUCUCCCCCUGCUGAACGACGAGACCAACAUCCAGCGCUGUCUCUUGCGUCCGCAUCUUUCUCCUGCGCUGGUGACUGUCUGCCUGCUGCUCGACCUCUUCAGUUCAGCUCCCGGAUUCCUUCUUUUGCUUCUUCAGGCCACCAAGGGACAAACUUCCUAUCAAUAUCUCAAACCCCCGAGUCCAUCACCAUGUCAGCCCCAAACAACGUACGUGCCCUCUUUCUCCACGGUAUCCUUGCGCUGAGUCCGGUCCAUACGGGCCUCUUAUGCAUGUAUACUGGACCCUCUAUGGCUGAAAGAGUGAGAUAUUUACUGACCCGGCGGGCAAAUAGAUCAGAAUCCGUAAGAAGAAGAAUGUCAAGAAGGGCAUUCAAUUUAGUUUGAUGGUCUGUGGUGCGAGCGGAACUGGUACGUCUCGUCAUCACCCUUGAUUAUAAUCGCCGUUAUGUGCUCUUAGCUGAUGCCAAUGGCUACAGGCCGCACCACCUUCGUCAAUACUCUAUGUGGCAAACAGGUCCUUCAGGGGAAAGACGCCGAUGACGCCCAGACCGCUCACCUUGAGGAGGGCGUUCGCAUAAAACCAGUUACUGUUGAGCUAGAACUCGACGAGGAGGGUACUCGCAUUUCUCUCACCAUUGUCGACACCCCCGGAUUCGGUGACCAGAUCAACAACGAAGAGAGCUUUUCUGAAAUUGUUGGAUACCUCGAACGCCAGUAUGACGACAUUUUGGCCGAGGAGUCAAGAAUCAAGCGUAACCCUAGAUUCCGUGACAACCGUGUCCACGCCUUGCUCUACUUCAUCACACCAACUGGCCACGGUCUCCGAGAGCUUGACAUUGAGCUCAUGAAGCGCCUCUCCCCGCGUGUCAACGUCAUCCCCGUCAUUGGCAAGGCCGACUCUUUCACACCGGCUGAGCUUGCGGAGUCAAAGAAGCUUAUCAUGGAGGAUAUCGAACAUUACCGUAUCCCCGUCUACAACUUCCCAUACGAUAUUGAAGAAGAUGACGAAGACACCGUGCAAGAGAACGAGGAAUACCGAUCACUGAUGCCCUUCGCCAUCGUUGGUUCCGAGGACGUUCUUGAGAUCGGUGGUCGUAAGGUACGGGCCAGACAGUACCCUUGGGGUGUUGUAGAGGUCGAGAACCAGCGCCACUCCGACUUCCUGGCUGUCCGCAGUGCUCUCCUCCACAGUCAUUUGGCCGAUCUCAAGGAAAUCACCCAUGACUUCCUGUACGAAAAUUACCGUACCGAGAAGCUCAGCAAGAGCGUUGAAGGAGGUGCUUCUGCGUAUGUUUUCACACUUUCCUCAAUAUACUUUACUGGUUGCUGCUUGGCCAUUAUGUUAACGACAUUUUAGUUCUCACGACUCUACUAUGAACCCUGAAGACUUGGCUUCCCAGUCUGUCCGCCUCAAGGAAGAACAGCUCCGCCGAGAAGAGGAGAAGCUGCGUGAAAUCGAGCUCAAGGUGCAGCGUGAGAUUAACGAGAAACGACAAGAGCUUCUGGCCCGUGAGAGCCAGCUGAGAGAAAUCGAAGCCCGCAUGCAGCGUGAACAAGCUGCCCAACAGAGCCAGGAUCCUAACGGAGACGCGGCAUAAGCAAAACUUCCUGCCAAGAUAUGAAGCUAAGCAGCUAAGAGGGAGUUAAAUAGCUAAUACUUGCGCCGUUUGAUACUGCGGUUAGGACCUUUUUCUUUUUUUGAUAUUCGGAACGGAGGUCGCACACUCUCAUACACAGAGUGCGUAAAAGGAGGAAUGAUCCCAAGUCGCGCAUGCUGAGGGGAUAUAAAAGAAUAAUGGGAAGUAAAUGUCAUGCUUGGAGAGGGAGACUCGCGUUUUUACACCAACCAUUAGAGUGCACAUUUCCCUAUUACUGUCACUCGUUUUUCUACAUGCCUUCUUUGUUUUAUCCUCAUGUAUACCUCAAAUCUCAACCAACCUCCACUCCCUAGCUUUCCCUUUUCCUUUUUUCUCCCCCCGACACCCUUUCGCUUCUCUCCUUGUGUUCCUAUCUGUGGUUUCUUACUUACCUUUCCUCGGCUAUUACGUCCCUAUCUUGCUUUGCUUGAACUUCAGCUCUCCAACUUCUGCCAAGUAGGGGGUACCCCCUAUCCAGCCCGGUCAUCCCUUUAUUUUAUCUUAUGCCCUCUAUUCUUUCUCCUGAUGCAACCACCGCCCACCAUUUUUCCAUACCCGGUUACCGCGCGUGUUUUUCUUUGACCUCUUACUAUUUUAAAGAACAAGAAGAGUAGUUUAAUUAAUGGUUAUUUAAUCCUAUG